GUCAAACUGGAAAACUUCAACCAAAAAAACUGGAAAACUAGAAAAGUCAAAUGAAAUUUUUUUGGGACAGAUGAAAUAUAAAAUUACUCUCUUUUUACUAUAUCAUCAAAGUAGCAGUAAGAGGAGAGGCAUAGUUUUUUCUCUCUCUUCUCUCCAAUGGCGAAGAAGAAGGGAAGACCUAAGAAAAAUCACGAUUCCCCAGAAGUAUCACUGAAAUCGACGACUGGAAAGGAAAUCUCACCGUCUCAGUCAAGUGGAAUUUCCGGGAAAGCUGGAAGCGCCAUGAAUACACCAAGCGGAAACGAUCCAAAACAGGGACUGGAAACUAGAUCACCAGAAUAUGAAUCUGGCCAGGAAAUUCUGGUGAACCAAGAGGAUAAAGAAGAUGAUAACAAUAUAGUCCAGAAAGUGCCAACUUACGCUGAAGUGUUGAGAUCUGAUGAGGUACAAGUAGAUCUAUCGUUCUUUCAAUAUGAUGAAAUAAAUGGACAGAGGGUAGCUAGAAUCACAGAAGAAGAUAUUAUUGUUAGUAAAGGCAUGUGGGAUUGUGCUAUUAUCUGUUGUGUGCUUGGUGCAAACCCUCCGCUGGAGGUUAUGAAAGGAUUUGUCACACGUUUGGGGAAAUUGGGAAGUAUCCUAGGCAAGCCUAUUAAAAGGGAUAAAGCCACAGCUACAAGGACCAAAUUGGACUAUGCUAGGAUACAAAUUGAAGUUCAGGUGCAUCAAGACUUCCCAGAUACUAUCAAAUUUGUGGACAAUGGGGGAAGAGUGAUUGAACAGCCUGUAUCUUAUGAUUGGAAGCCAUCAAUAUGCUCAAAAUGUGGUAAACUGGGUCAUGUUGGAGAGCAUUGUAGGAAGAAAGAGGGCAGACUGGAGAGAGUGAUACAAAAGAAGAUAUGGAGGCCAAAGAUCAUAGUGAAUGAUAACAUUGUUGACAGAACUAUUGAAAAUACCCCAAGGCAGGAACCAAUGGCUGAGGAUAAUACACCAGCCAAUGCAAGAGACAAGGAUGAGGAUAGAGAAGAGGAGGCAGGAUUCAAACUGGUCACUGGAAAGAAGGCAGCAAGAAGGAAGGGAGGCAGUCCCAUUAUUGAGGAGGAUAUAAGGGACUUCAAAGCUUGUGUAACUGAGUGUGACCUAGAAGAACUCCCAAGUGAAGGACCUUUCUUCACUUGGUCUAAUAGACAAAAUGAAGAACAUCGGAUUUAUUCAAAACUGGACAGGGCUCUAGUCAACAUUGAAUGUGCAAGUACUUAUAACUGCAAGAUUAAGGUACUGGGGGAAGGAGUUUCUGAUCAUUCACCAUUGAUAAUUAAAGAUCUGGAUAACCAAGCUACUGGCAAGGCUUUCAGGUUUUGCAAUAUGUGGAUGGAGGACAAAGAAUUCCCAAUUAUUUUACAAGAAGGGUGGCUGGAAAGCAAUAACCAGAGGAAUAUGUACCAAGUGCUGCAAAAUCUAAAAAGGAUUAAGGGACCCCUUAAAAGACUUCAUAAGGAGAAAUAUUGGGAGAUUCAUAAAAAAGUGGAUGAUAAAAGGGAACAGCUGCUGAAGCUCCAAGAGGCUAUUAAAACACACACCAAUCAGACACUUAUUAACAAGGAGAGGGAGCUAACCAGACAGUUGAAUGAGACUAUCAAGGCAUCUUACCUACUCAAAUGCCAACAAAGUAAACAGAGUUGGAUUACUGAGGGGGAUAAAAACUCUAAGUUAUUUUAUGCUUGGGUGAAGAGAAGACAACUAAACAAUUAUAUUAUGAGUAUUCAAGAUAAUGGGGUAGAAGUGGAAGGCACAAAUGCAAUUGCAAAGGUGCUGGAGAGUUUCUAUAAAAGAAAUCUGGGAGCAACUGUCCCUACUGGAGAUAUUGAGUGGAAGAUCUUUGAUGAAGGCAAGGUACUCACAGUGAAACAACAACUAAAGCUAAUUGAGGAUUUUCAACCAGAACAUGUGAGGAAAGCCAUGUUCUCUAUUCCCAGCUCUAAAAGCCCUGGACCUGAUGGACUGAAGAUCAACAGAAGCAAAUCAGAGGUUAUUUUUGGGGGGAGUGAACCAAGAAGAAGAAAGAAGAUUGUUAUCCAUGUUGAAUAUGAAACUAGAAUCUUUAUACUGCCUAAAGGUGUCAUCAAGAAGGUUAUGGCUAUUUGUAGGAACUUUCUGUGGGGUGGGACUGCUGAAUAUCACAAGGUACCUCUGGUGCAGUGGGAUGAGGUAUGCCAGCUGAAGAAAUACGGAGGGUUGGGGAUAAGGAACAUCAUGAACUGGAACCUAGCUGCUAUAAUGAAACUUAAUUGGGAUGUUGCUGGGAAAAAAGAUAUUCUUUGGGUUAAAUGGAUCCAUACGAGAUACAUUAAGAAUGGUGAUUUCUGGACGUACCAUCCUAAGCUAGACUCCUGCUACUACUGGAGAGAGAUGCUUAGGGUGAGGAACAAAUUCAAGGAUAUGCCACACCCUAAGCCCUAUGAGAUUAGGGAAGGAUAUAACUGGCUACAAGGGAAGAGGGAGAAACCUGUUUGGAGGCAUUGGGUCUGGAACAAAUUCACCCCUCCAAAAUUCAGAUUCAUUAUUUGGUUGUUAUGGAGAAGGAAACUACAAACUAAAAUGAGGCUGGCUAAAUUCUUAAACAUAGACACUAAGUGUGAGUUAUGUGGGAGAGAGACUGAGACACAGGAUCAUCUGGUUUGGAGUUGUGAUAAGGCGAAAACAAUAGGGCAGACCAUAAUGAAGGAAUUCGGUUGCUCUCUGAACUGCAAUUCUGAAGGAGAGUUUGCAAUGGAAAUGCAGAAAGUGAAGGGAGGGAAAAUGAGGAAAAUGGCUAUUGCUAUAUGGGCAACUGCUGUUUACUUUACUUGGAAAUGGAGGAAUGACCUAUGGCAUAAGAAGGUUAGAAGCUUAGAAGAGAUCCAGAAUCAAGCUAUUUAUUACAUUAGAAGUUACUUUAGUUAUAUAAGAAUUAUGUAAUCAAUAUUGUAGUAUUGGCAGAGACUUGUUUUGGGUGGCUGUGUUUGUAUUUUGAAGCGUUAAUGAAAUCUUGUGAUGUUU